GUAAUGGCAUCAGCUGGAGAUUCCAUUCUUGCCCUCACCGGUAAAAGAACUACUGGACAAGGCAUCAGAUCUCAGAAUGUCACCGCGGCAGUUGCGAUCGCCAAUAUUGUGAAGUCAUCUCUUGGCCCUGUCGGACUUGAUAAAAUGCUUGUCGAUGAUGUUGGAGAUGUCAUUGUCACAAAUGACGGAGCCACAAUUCUGAAACAACUCGAGGUUGAGCAUCCGGCUGGAAAAGUGCUUGUAGAACUUGCACAGCUGCAAGACGAGGAGGUCGGAGAUGGAACUACUUCUGUCGUUAUUGUGGCGGCUGAGCUCUUGAAGAGAGCCGAUGAGCUUGUGAAACAAAAAGUUCAUCCGACGACUAUUAUCAAUGGUUACCGUCUCGCGUGCAAGGAAGCCGUCAAGUACAUUAGUGAAAACAUCUCAUUCACUUCCGACUCGAUUGGUAGACAAUCAGUUGUCAACGCUGCCAAAACUUCCAUGAGCAGUAAGAUUAUCGGACCAGACGCCGAUUUCUUCGGAGAGCUGGUUGUUGAUGCCGCGGAAGCUGUUCGUGUGGAAAAUAACGGGAAAGUCACUUAUCCUAUCAAUGCAGUCAAUGUUCUGAAGGCCCACGGAAAGAGCGCUCGCGAAUCAGUUUUGGUGAAAGGAUAUGCACUCAAUUGCACAGUUGCCAGUCAGGCCAUGCCACUUCGUGUUCAAAAUGCCAAGAUCGCAUGUCUCGAUUUCUCUUUGAUGAAGGCUAAGAUGCACCUCGGUAUUUCAGUCGUUGUUGAAGAUCCAGCCAAGCUUGAGGCUAUUCGCAGAGAAGAAUUCGAUAUUACCAAACGCCGCAUUGAUAAAAUUUUGAAAGCCGGAGCCAACGUUGUUCUUACAACUGGAGGUAUCGAUGAUUUGUGCUUGAAGCAAUUUGUCGAAUCUGGAGCUAUGGCUGUUCGUCGAUGCAAGAAAUCAGACUUGAAGAGAAUUGCCAAAGCUACUGGAGCCACAUUGACUGUUUCCUUGGCUACUUUGGAAGGAGAUGAAGCUUUCGAUGCCUCGCUUCUUGGACAUGCCGAUGAAAUUGUUCAAGAAAGAAUUAGUGACGACGAGCUCAUUCUCAUCAAGGGACCGAAAUCUCGUACUGCCAGCAGCAUUAUCCUCCGUGGAGCGAACGAUGUGAUGCUCGAUGAAAUGGAGAGAUCGGUUCACGACUCACUCUGUGUUGUUCGUAGAGUUCUGGAAAGCAAGAAACUUGUGGCUGGAGGAGGUGCUGUUGAGACUUCUCUCAGUCUUUUCCUUGAAACUUAUGCACAAACCUUGUCUUCUCGCGAGCAGCUUGCUGUUGCUGAAUUCGCUUCAGCGCUUCUCAUCAUUCCGAAGGUUUUGGCAAGCAAUGCUGCAAGAGAUUCUACUGAUUUAGUGACAAAACUCCGCGCGUACCACUCCAAAGCUCAAUUGAUCCCACAACUUCAACACCUCAAGUGGGCUGGUUUGGAUCUCGAAGAAGGCACGAUCCGCGAUAACAAGGAGGCUGGAAUUUUGGAGCCAGCUCUUAGUAAGGUCAAGUCUCUGAAGUUCGCCACUGAGGCAGCCAUUACGAUAUUGCGUAUUGAUGACCUCAUCAAACUUGACAAGCAAGAGCCACUUGGAGGAGAUGAUUGCCACGCUUAAAUUUUCCCGUUUACCCCGUUUAUAUAUCCCUGUUUUCCGCGUGCUUCUCACAUAAUUCCGAUCUGCUGCUCCUUAUCCCAAAUUCUCAUGUUCAGCUUUUGUUUUCUUCUUUUGAUGAUACUUUAUUGAACGAAAUGUUGUAAGUUUUAAUGUUUUGAUUUCAAAGUUGUUUGUAUUCGUUUUUCAUUAUUCAAACAAUGAAGAAGCUUUGCCAC